AUGAAUUGUGAUGGUAUUAAAGGUGACUGUUUGAGUAGUGUCUGUAUGAAUAGUGAUGGUAUUAGAGGCGACUGUUUGAGUAGUGUCUGUAUGAAUAGUGAUGGUAUUAGAGGUGACUGUUUGAGAAGUGUCUGUAUGAAUAGUGAUGGUAUUAGAGGUGACUGUUUGAGUAGUGUCUGUAUGAAUAGUGAUGGUAUUAGAGGUGACUGUUUGAGAAGUGUCUGUAUGAAUAGUGAUGGUAUUAGAGAUGACUGUUUGAGCAGUGACUGUAUGAAUAGUGAUGGUAUUAGAGGUGACUGUUUGAGCAGUGUCUGUAUGAAUAGUGAUGGUAUUAAAGGUGACUGUUUAAGCAGUGACUGUAUGAAUAGUGAUGGUAUUAGAGGUGACUGUUUAAGCAGUGUUUGUAUGAAUUGUGAUGGUAUUAGAGGUGACUGUUUGGGCAGUGUCUGUAUGAAUAGUGAUGGUAUUAGAGGUGACUGUUUAAGCAGUGUCUGUAUGAAUAGUGAUGGUAUUAGAGAUGACUGUUUGGGCAGUGUCUGUAUGAAUAGUGAUGGUAUUAGAGGUGACUGUUUAAGCAGUGACUGUAUGAAUAGUGGUGAUAUUAGAGGUGACUGUUUGGGCGGUGACUGUAUGAAUAGUGAUGGUAUAAGAGGUGACUGUUUAAGCAGUGUCUGUAUGAAUAGUGGUGAUAUUAGAGGUGACUGUUUGGGCGGUGACUGUAUGAAUUGUGAUGGUAUUAGAGGUGACUGUUUGGGCAGUGUCUGUAUGAAUAGUGAUGGUAUUAAAGGUGACUGUUUGAGCAGUGACUGUAUGAAUUUUGAUGGUAUUAAAGGUGACUGUUUGGGCAGUGUCUGUAUGAAUAGUGAUGGUAUUAGAGGUGACUGUUUGAGCGGUAUCUGUAUGAAUAGUGAUGGUAUUAGAGGUGACUGUUUGAGCAGUGUCUGUAUGAAUAGUGGUUGA